GACCGACAGGCUGAGGAGGAGGAGGAGGAGGAGACAGGAAGAGACAGGAGGAAGGAGCAUCAUCAGGACACACAGACACCCGGACAGACCGGGGAAUCACGGAGCCUCCGCCGCCGCCUCGAAGCCGCUGCAGCCGGACACAGACACAGCAGACCCGGCCGCACGCACGGAGCCAUGGCCGCCGAAGGCAGCCGAUCCACGGCCUGCACCGGCUCCAGCCUGCUGCAGCCGGUCAGCGAGAUCACCGACCUGCCGCUGGACCAGGUAAACUUUGUGGUGUGUCAGCUCUGUGCUUUGCUGUCGGCUUUCUGGUUUCGUCUCUUCCUCCAUCCCAGUAAAACCGGUCCCUUCAUCAGACAUGUGGUGGCGACUCUACUGGGACUCUACUUCGCUCUAUUCUGCUUCGGCUGGUACGCUCUUCACUUUCUGGUUCAGAGUGGACUCACCUACGGCAUCAUGAUCCUGACCGGAGUCGAACACAUGCACAAAUACUGCCUGCUGGUGGCUCUCAGCUAUCUGAGUCUGUGUCAGAUCACUCGGGUCUACGUCUUCGACUACGGCAUGUACUCAGCCGACUUCACCGGCCCCAUGAUGGUGAUAACACAAAAAAUCACCAGCCUGGCGUUUGAAAUCCAUGACGGAAUGGCACGAAAAGAGGAACAUCUGACCCCAGGACAGAAGAUUUUGGCAAUAAGGAGGAUGCCCAGUCUGCUGGAGUACUUCAGCUACAACUGUAACUUCCUGGGGAUCCUGGCCGGACCCACCUGCUCCUACAAUGACUACAUCGCCUUCAUCGAGGGAGCCCCUCGCCGCCACAGAGACCGGGAGGCUGACAGGAAGUCCAACGGCGAGCUGAGGAAGAGCGAGCCCUCGCCAAACACGGAGGUCGUCCGUAAAGUGGCCACCUCCUUCUUCUGCCUCCUGGUCUUUCUGUCGGUGUGUAAAGUUUUCCCCGUGGAACGAAACAUCGACGACGACUUCAUCGCCAAUACGCCGUUCUACGCUCAGCUGGUCUACCUGUACCUGUCCAUGCUGACCACCAGACCCAAGUACUACUUCGUCUGGACACUGGCUGACGCCAUCAACAAUGCCGCCGGCUUCGGCUUCAACGGCUACGACAGCGACGGCUCUCCCCGCUGGGACCUCAUCUCCAACCUGAGGAUCCUCAACAUCGAGUUUGCCACCAGCUUCAAAGUUUUCCUGGACAACUGGAACAUUCAGACAGCACACUGGCUCAAACGGGUGUGUUACGAGCGAUGUCCCUACCACCCGACAGCGGCCACCUUCAUCCUCUCAGCCAUGUGGCACGGAGCUUAUCCAGGCUACUACCUCACCUUCCUCACCGGCAUCGUCAUCACGCUGGCUGCCAGAGCGGUCAGACACAACGUUCGGCCUCACUUCCUUCAAUCACCCUCCCAUAAACUGGUCUAUGAUGUCAUCACGUGGGCGGCCACUCAGAUCGCCAUCUGCUACACAGUGGUGCCUUUUGUCCUGUUGUCUGUCGGUCCAUCGAUAAAGUUUUACAGGUCCUGGUACUUCAGUCUCCAUAUCGGCUGCAUUCUGCUGGCCGUGGCAUUGCCGGUCAAACCGAGACAUCUCCGCCUCAAAGACCGGCAGAAAAACUUCCCCAAGGAGCUGGUCCAGCACCACCUGGAGGCUACAGACAGCAACUGCAGCCAGAAGGAAAAAACCACAUGAAACAGACGACAAAGAGCGAUCACGUACAACGUUAUACUUACAUUCACUUGUAUAGAAAGACGAGGAGGCGAACCACAUCAAACGGACCUUCCUCCUGUCUGGCAAACAGACACACAAUGGUCAAGUUAAAAUACUGUAUUAUUUGGAUUCAAGGGACAAGGGAUACAAAAACUGGCCCUGAACUUUGAAGGGCUGUGUUGUACUUGAUGAAGCGUUUCCCACAAAACAACAGCCAGGAUAGCAUCUGGACUCCAAAAACCAACAGAAGUGAACGUUUUUCUGGGACAGUUCAGUGUAUAUAUAUAUAUAUAUAUACUGAACUGUCCCAGGUGGUCAUAUCAUGGCCACCUGUGUAGUGUUAAACUGACUCAAUUUUCUUUCUGGUCAGAGACCUGCUGACUGUCCAUCUGCAGGAAUGAAGGCAUAAAGGGAGGAAUAACUGAGAGGAUGACUGAGGAAAUGACGGAACGGAUGAUUAAACGAGAUCAUAUGAGAAGACAGAAUGCGCAAGUGGAUGACUAAAUAAGUCGUGUGAAUACGAGUUACGUGAAUGAAUGAAUGAGCAGGCCAGUGAGUUAGUGCAUUAAAAAAGUCAGUGAAUGAGCAAAGAAGCAGAAGAAAAAGAUCUUUUCUCCUCCACAUUCCUCUGAUUUCACAGACUGACCGUCAUCGUGUUAUAAUCUAUUAAACCACAACAUCACAGUAUGUAUAGAAACGAGUUUUGGAAAAAAGUGCCAAUGAUUCUUCCACUCAGUCGCCUUAGUUGUUUUGUUUUGUUUUUUACAAGAAAAAGAAAAAUACUAUUUACUGUUUCUUGAUGUGUGCGUGGUGAGGAGGGUGUCGUGUUUACAUCUGUAGAUGUCAGUUUUUGUCAAGUAGUCAUUUAUGUAAUCAGUACCACUUUUCUGAUAAGACACCAAUUAUAAUGGUAUUUAAGCUGUAAUGAAUGGACUUUUAAUGGUUAGUAAAUCAUUCACUAAUGCUUCAUAUAGCAAUUAUAAGCCAUUAACAAGUUUUGGGUUUCCAGGUUGUGGAAAAUCUUCCUACAGCCUGACACUCUACAUUUGUACUAUUUUGUUAAUGAAUGCUUAUACCAUAAUAGAUCUGCAGUUGUAAAUGUUAAUAAGCAGUUUAUAAAUGGAUUUUGGUCCAGAUGUCCUGCAGCUCUUUUCCCGAAGACAAGUGGUCAAACAGUCCAUUGGAGACGUCUCCCUAAUGAAAUAAAGAGAUAAAGAGACAAACAAAACCAACCCAAAUGGUGUUCUUAUCAAUGGCUUAUAACUGAUCGGCCAUUCAUUAGUGAAUGAUUUAUUAACCAUUAAUAAAGCCACUAAUGACCGCUCAUAAACCCUUAAUAAAUGGUGCCUUAUCAGAAAGUGGUACCAUGUAAUUUAUGUAAUUCAAACAGACGUGCUUUGGUGUAAGAUGUGUGGAGAUAUAGACUGAAGAAGAAAAAAACUCUUCACAAAUUUUAAGAAAUAAGCUCAAGCGCUGCUAUAAGCUGAAGUGCUGCUCAAAUUAGGUCCAAUGAAGGGGUUAGAGAGUUGGGUUCAGCUAAUAGUUCAGCGUAGAAGCUAAAAAUGUUUGGUACAGGUACUGCUAAUGGUUCAGAUGAGUUUCUGAAAUAAAUUUGGGUGAAAUAAGCCAACCCCUCCUCCCAGCUGUAGCUGCAUCUGGUUAACUAAAGGCUUGAUGUUGGGGCUAAAAAAAGCCCGGUUCAGGUCAGAUAAUCGGGUGCCUGCUGUUUGCGAGCAGUUACGACACAGAUCGGCAUUGAAACUCAAACUGUGAACCUACUGUUCAGUGUUAAAGCUAUUUAAUGGUUACGUUUAACGGACAAAACAGUUUGUUUCAGGUUAGCAGCUCCGUUAGAAAACACAGAAAGUCGCACUUUUGGUUUCGUUUACCUAUUGGGCAUUUUUUUUUUUUUUUUUUUUACACUUUAUAUGAUUGAUCAGAAAAAUAAUCGGCAGAAUAAUUGAUACCAAAAAUAACUGCAGCCCUAGAAGAUUGUGUUUCAGGUAAGCUGACUCUUCAUUGACGAAUUGAAUCCAGUUGGUUCAGGGUAGCUAAUGGUUAGACAACAACAGCUAACAGGACCCAGUUGGUUCAGUUUGGCCACUGAAUAAACAGUAUGUUUUAGCUGAAGUUACUCUCCAGCAGCUUUAGAAAUUAGUUUCACUUCAGCUGGAUAUUUGGGUUUCAUACAUGAAACGAUUUAAUUCUUCUGCACCAACUCCCUACUCCAGUAAUAUUUGUAAAAUGUCAUAUCAUGCCAUGUGAGUGCCAACACUGCGUGGUCCUGUAGGCCUGUGUGCGUUCCGUUAAAUUCUGUUACCACGUUACUGUCUUUCCCUGACUUUCCAUGAUUCCCUCUACCCAUCCUGUCUCGCUGAUCUCUUGGUGUUUUUCAUCAGGGUCCAGGAAACCUGGUUACGAGAGGAAAAAAAGGACAUUUUGGAUUCAGCGUUACUUUCUUUAUGUUUGUAGUUGUGUCUCCUUUGUCAAAUCAGGAAAACACAUUUCUUAACUUUCCUGUAUGUUUUCCUGUUUCCACCGAUGACUAUAUAUAAAGAUGGACGACGUGACGGCUCCCGAAAGUGAAGCUAAAACAUCUCGAUCGCCCCCUGGUGGCUGGCUGCAGUACAGGUCAUAAACCCCGCCCCCUCCACGUUAGCGCAUGGGACACGGGUCCAACCAAAAAAAUCAAGGUACACAUCAAACGAUGGGUUCUCUCAUUUUAGGUAGUUCUUAUCACGUAUGUUGGAGUCAAGUUCGGUUUUAAUAAGUUAUUUGAUGAUAUAAAAGGGGGCGUGGCGUCACGAUCGACAGCUGUGUGUUUGCUCGCGAUUGAGUCGGGCGGGCGUGUGGGCGGGACCUCGAGAACGCGGCCCGACCCGCCGAACGCCCUGUAUCGGGGAUAUUUUGGCUUCAUUUUUGUACAGUGGGAGGACGUGGAGCCACCUCGUCCAUCUUUAUACACAGUCACUGUUUUCCAGAUUUGUAGUUUUGUGUUUAUUUCUUUAAUUUUCAUGAGAGCUGGUUGAGGAUGUGACACUGCUGAUAAAUACAUACACUGUGGUGAUUGUUUGAGAUCAUACACGACAAUUAGUGUUCUCACACCGAGCCAGCCACCUGUCUGAAGGUCUGAUACGGACAAUAUGUUUGUUUGUUUUUUGUAAAUUAUGUGAUUAAACC